GCAUUAACCAUGCACCUCUAAUUCAAAAAACUAUUCACCUUGCAGCCUUCUGUUGCUAAUUCCCUCAACAUUAGUAAAAUUGAUCAAAUCCAGAGCACAUAAAUCAAGACAGCCAUGCUCUUAUGAGCCUUUUGUUACUUCAUUGGGAAGAAUGGAAUAAAAGAAAAGUGUUUAUUUGUGAUUGUUGAUCAAAUCAAAGUUGCAAAAAUGAAUGACCUGUUUUCAGGUUCCUUCAGAAAAUAUAGCAGUGACCUGAAGGAGGAAAGGCAGCUUGAUGAUGUGGAGGCUGGAAGGGAAAGCCUAAAUCUGGAGAAAUUCUUUGAAGAAGUGGAGGGUGUAAAAGAUGAGAUGAAAGUGGUUGAGAGCCUCUGCAGAAAAUUGCAAGAAGCCAAUGAAGAAAGCAAAACCAUUCAUGAUGCCAAAACCGUUAAGGAUCUUCGAGCUCGGAUGGACAAAGAUGUUGUGCAGGUCCUCAAGCAUGUUAAGAUCAUCAAAACCAAGCUUGAAUCUCUACAGCGUUCCAACGCAGCGAAUCAAAACGUUCCUGGCUGUGGUCCUGGUUCUUCUGCAGACAGAACCAGGACUUCAGUGGUUAGUGGAUUAGGGAAGAAGCUAAAGGACAUGAUGGACGAUUUUCAAGGCUUGAGAGCAAGGAUGCAACAUGAGUACAAGGAAACCAUUGAGCGCAGGUACUUCACAAUCACAGGGGAGAAGGCAGAUGAAGAGACCAUAGAGAAUUUGAUAUCAAGUGGAGAGAGUGAAAAUUUGGUACAGAAAGCGAUUCGAGAACAAGGUAGGGGUCAGAUAAUGGACACCAUAUCAGAAAUUCAAGAAAGGCAUGAUGCUGUAAAGGAAAUUGAGAAGAAUUUGAUAGAGUUGCAUCAGGUGUUCUUGGACAUGGCAGCUUUGGUAGAGUCUCAGGGGGAACAGCUUAAUAACAUAGAGAGUCAUGUAGCCCAUGCAAGCUCAUUCGUUACUCGCGGUGUUUCUCAGCUUCAAGAAGCUAGAGAUUAUCAAACCAACUCUAGGAAGUGGUAUUGCUAUGCCAUCAUUCUUGCUAUUCUCCUCAUCCUUUUACUCUUGGCUCCUCUCUUGUUAAAUCUUUUACCACAUUUCAGAAGAAGGUGAAGGACCAGAUCAUCAUCAUCAUCAUGGCCAUUAAGAACACAUGCAUGCAUGCAUCUCAUGCACAAGUAUUCUCAUGUUCUUCAUGGAAAGAUUGCACUUAGAAAUCAACUUGGAAAAUCCCUAUAGGGCACGCUCUGGAUUUUCUUCCAAGGGCAUAUCAAAUCUCAAACAUGUGCACCAGCCCUUUUAAUGUUCUGUGCCACUACCAACAUGUCUCAUGUUUCACAAAAAGACUUGGUCUUUGGAGGGCCAGCAAUAUUGAUUUAAUUGGAUGGAUUUUCUUGGCAGCCCAAUUAUAUGUUUUUUUUCUCUCCAUAGAACAACAAAUUUAUCAUUUCUCCGGCAGAGAACCAAGGAUUAGUCUGAGCUAGUAAUAGAAAAAAAGGAAAAACAGUAACUUUUGUAGCAAUUCAGUUAUUACUCAUUAGCCUGGCUUGUAGGACAGUACUCCUAUCACUAUAAUUAUGAAGAGCAAGA